GUGGAAAAACUCCUAAGAGCAGUUGCUGAUGGAGAUCUAGAAAUGGUACGUUACCUUUUGGAAUGGAUGGAAGAAGACUUAGAAGAUGAGGAUGACACAGCCAGUACAUCAAAACCAGAAUUCUGUCAUCCACUAUGCCAGUGCUCAAAAUGUGGGCCAGCACAAAAGAAAUUUGCAAGGAUCUCUGCUAAUGGACUUGGAGUAAAUGUUUCAAACCAAGACGGUUUUACACCAUUGCAUAUGGCUGCUCUGCAUGGACACUCUGAACUUGUCUGUCUCUUGUUGAAACAUGGAGCCAGUGUCAGUGCCAGGAAUGCAAAACAUGCAGUUCCUCUUCAUCUAGCAUGCCAGAAAGGUCACUUCCAGGUGGUAAAGUGUCUGAUGGAUUACAAUGCUAAACAAAAUAAAAAAGAUAUAUAUGGAAAUACUCCUUUAAUUUAUGCAUGUUUGAAUGGUCAGUAUGAGACUACGGCCUUGUUGUUACAGCAUGGAGCUUCUGUUAACCUUUCUAAUGCCAAAGGAAAUACAGCACUGCACGAGGCUGUGAUAGGAAGGAAUGAAGCCCUGGUGGACUUGCUGCUUCAGAACGGCGCAAAGACACACAUACGGAACGAGAGGAACUGCACCCCUGCAGACUGCGCUGAGCCGAAUUCAAGUAUCAUUAAGCUGCUGGAAACAGCACCAAGCUAUUUACCUGCAUCAGCAGAGAGAGAAAAGGAGUGUGAGCAGCAUGCUACUAUCAAGAUAAGAAAAAAAGUGAAUUCUAAGCCAUGUGAGAAAGCCGAUGAUCCUGUAAGCAGACAACUUCAACUGGUCCAAUCAAUUAACAGAUUUAACAAAGCAAAACAUUUACGGAGAACAAUAACAAGAGAUAAAAGUGUCCCUAAUUUUGACUAUCAGUUAUUGCAUCAGUUAGCCAUUAAAAGCUUUGAUAAGACCAAGUUAAAAUGUGUUGAAACGCUGGACCAGAGUGAAGUUAAGAUUAUUGACACAGGAUGCAGUGAUGAGUUUGCAAAACAUGAUGACAUAGAAGUUCCUCACAGGAGUAAGUUAAUGCACCGAAGACAUACUGUUAAUGUGCCACUUUCAGCAGAGAAUGUCAGUGAUAAUAGUUUAUCCAGCCCUAGAAACUCAAGUAUUUCACAAUCGAGAGACUGCUGUGAUGACUUGCUUUCAAAACAUUGA